UUCGUCCUUCUAGUUUCAUUGUGCAUUUUGCUUCUCUAUUCCACAUGCAGUUAAAUUAAUGUCUGACUGAUUCUAUUUGGUAUGUUGAAGUUACAAAUAAUGAGUGUUAACUCACUGCACUUGGUUAGUUGCGAUCGAAGAGCUUUUACAACUUUGAAGAUACAAUUAAGAUCAUUAUUUGCAACUAGUAAAACAUGUAACCCUAAGAAUUUCAAAGACUAUGAAUCUAUCAAACAGGAGUACAAGUCACAAGUGCCAGAAUACUUCAAUUUUGCAAAUGAUGUCCUCGAUAACUGGAGUAGAAUGGAAAAGGUUGGAAGCAGAGGUUCAAACCCUGCUUUCUGGUGGUUGAGUGAACAUGGACAACAAGUGAAAUGGAGCUUCCAGGACCUUGAAGUCCACUCCAAGAAGGUGGCCAAUAUCCUGUCAGAUGCCUGUGACCUACAGUUAAAGGAUAGGGUUCUUGUUAUCCUGCCCAGAGUUCCAGAAUGGUGGCUUGUGAACAUAGCAUGCAUUAGAACAGGUACUAUACUGAUCCCUGGCACAACUCAGUUAAGAGCCACAGAUAUUUUACACCGGCUUCAAGCCUCCAAAGCAAAAUGCAUCGUCACAGAUGACAGCCUGGUGGAUGCUGUAGAGUCAGUGGCAUCCAACUGCCCUUCUCUCAAAGCAAAGUUGGUUGUAUCACAAAAACAUAAACUGGGAUGGAUGAACUUCCAAGACCUUUUCCGAAACGCAUCGGAUGACCACAAAUGUGUAAAAACCAAGAGUUUGGACCCGAUGGCCAUUUUCUUCACCAGUGGAUCUACAGGAACUCCAAAAAUGGUCCUUCAUACCCACUGCAGUUAUGGAAUAGGCCAUACAGUAAAUGGAAGGUACUGGUUGGACCUUACUCCCUCUGAUGUGAUGUGGUGUAGCUCAGACACUGGCUGGGUUAAGUCUGCAUGGAACAGCUUCUUUUCACCUUGGAUUCAAGGAGCGUGUGCUUUUGUCCAUCAGAUGCCACGGUUUGAUCCCAAAACCAUGUUAGAAGUUUUAUCCAAGUUUCCAAUAACAACCCUCUGUUGUCCGCCCACUGUAUAUCGUAUGCUUGUACAGAAUGAUCUUACCAGUUACAGGUUCAGAAGCCUCCAGCACUGUGUGACUGGUGGUGAGUCCAGCAGCCCUGAAGUAAUGGCCAAAUGGAAAGAAGAGACAGGCUUAGACAUCUAUGAAGGAUAUGGCCAGAGCGAGACUGUUUUGCUCUGUGCAACAUUCAAAGGCAUGAAAAUUAAACUUGGUUCAAUGGGGAAGCCAGCUCCCGAAAUUAACGUUCAAAUUAUUGAUGAGAAUCACAAUGUGGUUCCUCCUGGAGUGGAAGGUCAAAUUGCUGUUCAAAUGAAGCCCGUUAGACCUUUUGGCCUCUUUUCUGGAUACAUUGAUGAUCCACAACGAACAGCUGCAGUUCUACAAGAUGACUAUUAUCUGACAGGAGACCGUGGGCGAAUGGAUGAGGAUGGAUAUGUCUGGUUUCAUGGAAGAACAGAUGAUAUAAUUUUAUCAGCUGGAUAUCGUAUUGGACCACUUGAAGUCGAAAACGCACUGACAACACAUCCAGCUGUGGCAGAUUGUGCUGUGGUUGGCAGUCCUGAUCCUAUCAGAGGCGAGGUUGUGAAGGCAUUUGUUGUUCAAAAUGCUGCUUAUACCUUGGCUGAUCCUGACAAGUUAAUCAAAGAAUUACAAGAUCAUGUCAAGAAAGUCACAGCACCAUAUAAAUACCCAAGGAAGAUUGAAUUUGUGGACAGUCUGCCCAAGACCAUAAGUGGGAAAGUCAAAAGAAAUGUGCUACGAGAAAAAGAACAGGGACAAAGCUGAGACCGAAAUCACCCUCAUACAACAUUGUAAAAUGGAAUCAUCAAAAGAAAGCAACAAUCUUAAUUUGAUUAUUGAACUUAAAUAAUACAAGUAACAUGGUUACGGAUUAAUACAAGUCAUAACAGAGAAUGGAUUUUGUUCAAAAUAGUGAAGGAAGAAUUUAUUGUGAAUAUGCAAUGUCCUUUUAUCUGCUCUUGAAUAUUUAAAAAAACAAGUCGGACAGCAACAGUUUUUCUAUCCCAGGGAAAGUGUAUACUUAUUACAAUCAAAGAUUUCAUAUGUUGAACUAUAGCUCAUGUUUCAAGUGUCUAAAUUUUACAAUACGAAAAUGUUCACAUUGUAACUAACUGGGGAAGAAACAUGUUAAAUUCAAAUAUAAUGGCCAAAGUAUAACCACAUUGAAGUUGGUUUUCAAGUAAAAUUUGACACAUCGAUGUCUGAAUUGAGAAAAAAAGGAGACCACCUUCUAAAUUUAUAAGUCAUAGACAGUAAUCUAGUGGUCAAUUACUGGUGAUGUGAUCUAUCAAGAAAUACAGAGUUUAAGUCCAAAAGGCAUUGCACCUAAAUGUUGCAAUUAUAUCUUCCACCAGAAAUUCGCAUUCAGAAUAUAGUCUACAGAAUAUAUUUGAAGAAAAGGAAAGGGAGCGUAGCCCUUUUUGGGGCCAGUAACUCCACUCUCGCAUAUUGCAAAAUUGAAUAAAUUUGGUAAUUGUUGUAGACUAGUAUUAGAUAGGAUAGAAUCUCAGAUCGUUCUCUAAUGUAUCUCAGUGUAGAAGUCCAUUGCCUCUACUCAGUCAGACCCAUCAUUUGUGGCUGAUGCCUAAUCCCCUUUGAAACGGUAUAGCAAAUUGCACACAAUGUUCAAUGAUAAAGCGCAAACAAUUGGUGAAACACUGAGCGAUAAACCAGACAGCAUUUUGGAAGGGGACCCCCAACUUCAAGCCCACUCAGUUUCCAAGAUUUCUAACAUUAAAGACAGAAACAUCCAGCCAAUUUGGUUUACUUCACAGGACAUCGAUGAGCAGUUGAGUGGACUAGACUAUGAGUCUUGCAUACAGCCUAGUGCAAACAUUUAAGAUCUAUGGACUAUGACCUAAACAAGCUGUUCAGUUAUGACUAUGACAGAGAAUACAGAGAAAUUAAAAUAGUUUAGGUAAUUAAAUUAGAAGAUAAUUUCAUUGUUGCUCUACUAAGGCUUACAUCUCUACAGGCAGAUACACGGCAAUGGAAAUAAACUUCAAUAAGUCAAUUAAAGAAAAAUAGAAGCAUUCAACUGCACCACUUAAGACAGAAAAUCACAUUAGUGAAUUUUCAAUCAUAAUUCAAGCAAAUUAUCAGAAUUUAACAUUACAGCAUCAGUUCCACAAAACAGCUUGCUCAUUUGCUGUAUUAGGGAUUCCUGAAGAUUUUAAUGAUGGACAACGUCAGCCUUUAUUUCUGCAUUUAGUGGGUUCCAUCAGGAGAUGUUUUCGUAUCCACAGCAGUUCUUUAAGAACUACGACAUGGCUUGAUUGCUGCUAGCCAGAUUUCCAAAAUAAGUCUUCCAUGAUUUGAAAGUAUUUUUAAAUACAAUUACAGGGAGAACCGGACUUGCUAAACUUCAAGGCCAGUGGUUUCCACAGAUGAUGAGCACUCCAGUGCUCUUUCAUUUGCAGAGCUGACCUGUAGUCAUUUACACACAAAAGGUACUCAUAGUAAAUGGAAUAGUUUUUUAAUAUAAAGAAAAUCUGGCAUUCAUAGCAUCUUAUACCCCUGAACAUCAAAAAAGCACUUCACAUAAUGAAUUGUGCAGAGCAGUUACUUUAUAAAGAAUAUAAAAAUACUAUAAAAAUAAAACUAAAUGAAAACAUAUAAGAUUACUGACAAAAUGUGGGACAUGAAUGAAGUGGCAUUCUCUUUAAUGACACUUCUUUGGGAGAAGAGUAAAGACAGUAUGGCAUUCUUCCUAAAACAGUAAACAUGAUUUGGUUUCAGAAUUGCUUAGCAAGUGAUAAAGGUGUUGAAAAUCCAACUGAUGCCACACUUUCUGCCAAUUUCAGCCCUAAUUUUAAUUGCACACUUGAUUAUGAAUGGGUUUUGCAUGUAUUAAAAUCUCACCCUUUGAUCUCUAUCAGAAUUGGGUUUGUACAUACGUUUUUGCUAGUUCCCUGUUAUAAUAGCACUCAUUAAAUAAAACAUCCACUUCACAAACAUAA